AUGGCUGGUGCACAAGAAAAAUGGUAUUUUACAAAAGAGCAACUACAGAACUCCCCAAGCAGAAAAUGCGGUUUAGAUGCAGAUAAGGAGUUAGCUUAUCGGCAGCAGGCCGCAAAUCUCAUCCAGGAUAUGGGCCAGCGGCUCCAAGUUUCCCAACUAUGUAUAAAUACAGCAAUAGUGUAUAUGCACCGAUUCUACGCGUUUCACUCCUUCACCCAGUUCCACAGGAAUGCUAUAGCCGCUGCUGCCCUGUUCCUUGCUGCAAAGGUAGAAGAACAACCACGAAAAUUAGAAUAUGUUAUAAAAGUGGCCCACGUCUGCCUCCACAGAGGUGAAGGUGUCAAUGCACUCACACCUGAGCAAUAUCAAGAACAGGCCCAGGACUUGGUAUUCAACGAGAAUGUACUGCUACAAACAUUAGGUUUCGAUGUAGCGAUCGACCACCCGCACACGCACGUGGUUCGCACCUGCCACCUUGUGAAAGCUCCAAAAGACUUGGCCCAAACAUCCUACUUCAUGGCCUCUAAUAGUCUCCAUCUAACGACAAUGUGUCUUCAAUACCGACCGACAGUUGUCGCAUGCUUUUGUAUACAUUUGGCGUCGAAAUGGAGUAAUUGGGCAAUCCCGCAAUCCCACGAAGGCAGACACUGGUUCUCAUAUGUGGACCGAAGUGUCACAACUGACCUUCUUGAGAGAUUGACAGCAGAGUUCUUACAUAUAUUUGAUAAAUGCCCCUCGAGAUUGAAGAGGAAGAUGAUGACAAUGUCAAAUAGCGGUAGUUCACCACAUUCAAAUGCCGCACACCCAUCCGGUUCGGGGGUGGCCAGCUCGCCCUUCGACAAAAAACACACGCUUGCCAACAGCGAUGAAAUAGACAAAUCAUUUGAUAAAGAAUAUGAACGUGAAAGGCGUCGUCAGCAACCACCAGGCGGCUAUGUGCCAGCAACCGUACAACCAAAUCCGCCGCAACCACAGAAAAUAGAUUAUAACUUGUACAGAGAGAAAAGAGAAAGAGAGGAGAGAGAGAGACGGGAAGAGAGGGAAAGGCGGCAACAACAAAUACAAAGACCACCUCCUCCGAACCAGCCGAACCAACGUCCAAGCCAACCUCCUCCACACCACCGACCUACCCCACACAAACCUCACCCAUGGCCUCACAAGCCACCCCAUCACAAACCCCCACACGACCACCGACACAGACCACCACCUAUCCCAUCCACUUCUAACCCCCAACCUGAACCGCAAAGAACACGUCCUCCGUCCCUGUUUUCACCUGAAAACCCGACCCCUGCAGUCGCGGCCCCUAGGCGACCCCCAAAUCCUCCUAGACCCAGGCAGGAACCGAGUAGACCUAUGCCAAUUCCCCAACCGACCCCACCAGAGCAGAAACUCCCAAGUCCUCAUAAAAAACGACCCGAUCCGACAGCAGUGGUUCGCGAUAUGCAACCACCUGCUAUACUAUCCCCAUUCUCAUCUCCCCCCAACAAAGAUAUGAAGUCUAGACCAAGACUCCCAUCAAAUUCUGAACCUGAAUUAGUACCUGUAGUUAAAAAAAUAGAUGAAACACCUGGUUACGAAAAUGUCAUACGUGACUCACAACGCGGUAACAUAAUAAAAACACGUCAACCAGAAAGAAAACCAGAGCCUAGGCCCCUAAAUGGUAUAGAAACCGACCCCACAUUGGUUUCAAACCUCCUCAAGGAAAGUCUGGCUAAACCAGUACCGAUAACCGUUCCUACGGAAAAGAAAUCUCCCGUAGAAGUGAAAAAGGAACCGGUAGUAGAGACCCCUGUUCCUCCGCCGGCACCUCCACCCCAAGUCGAACCACCUCCCGCUCCCCAACAGGUACCUCAACCCCCACCGCCACCUCAAGUCUCAGAAGACCCUGACCAUAAACACAAAAAAGAAAAGAAAAAGAAAGAGAAACACAAACAUAAGGAUCGCGACAAAUCUAAAGAAGAAAGAAAGAAACAUAAAAAAGAUAAAGAGAAAGAAAAGAAAGUGGAGCCCCCACCGGUGGUUCCGGAAAAUGAUGGAACCCUCAGAAUAACGAUACCUAGAGAGAAGUUAUCAACGAGUCCAGGAUUGAAGAUCAAAAUCCCGAAGGAGAGGCUCGCUGUGCCCCCACCGCCCCCACAAAAUCCGGGUCUCAAAAUAAAAAUCUCAAAGGAAGUGCUGGAAACGUCUAGAAAAAGGACCGGUGGACCUGACCACGGACCACAACAUAAGAUGCCGCGUCACGAACCCCCGAUGACUAAGGUCGACGCAUUCGGCAACGGACAUCCGGGCAAG